UCCGCAGCCGGGACUGGGAGGAGGUGAUUUAAAGGGCUGAGAGGCAGCGAGCGCGGCGGCAGCCGGAGAAGCCGCCUGCGGCAGCAGCAGCGCGCGCCGGCCUCAGGUGAUGGUGAGAUGGGAUGACCCCAAACUUAGCUGGAAUCAGAAGUCUCUGUGAUACUGGUGCUAUCCCAGCUCUCUGCCCGCAGAAGCCAUAAACCUGUAACUGGGGAAGCUUCCCCUCAACCAACGUGUUACCAUCAGAUCUGCAGUACAGAAGCCAGCUGCCCUGUCACCUCAGCAUCCUCCAAAGAGACUCCAUCCCCUGGUAUUCCAGUACAGUGCAUGUGCCAGAGUAUGCAGACUAUCUUGUGUUCCAGCUUCAGGGCGGGAGAGCCGGGGCUGCAGGAACCAGGAGGGGGAAAGUGGCUGGUCUGAAAGGGAGGAGUGGGAAAGGAAGCCCCAGAAAGGAGCCGCGGCAGCCCCACACCGCACGCUGGGCUGGGAUGACGAGAGGGGAAAGCCAGGAGCAGGUCAGCUGGAUGGAGGAGGUUGGGAAAGGAGCCAGAGUGCUGAGUUUUGGCUACUUGCUUCUCUCUGCUUGGGUGCUUCUCCUCCACUGCAGGCUCUAGGAUGCUGGGGCCAGCUAGGCUAGACCUGCCCACGUGAUCCUCACCGCUUCCAGCCCUCGCCCUGCCCGCCCAUCAUGCUGUGCUCCUGGCGUGGAAAGCUGAAGCUGCUGCUCGCCACUGCAACACUGGUGAUCCUUCUCUCGUGGCUCUGUGUCUUUAUGGGCAGUUCAGAAUAUGGCCGUUCCCUCCUAUUGUCUCCUUGCUUUGGGGACCGGCCGAGCCAGGACCUGGAGCGAGAGGCCUUGGCAUCUCAGGUGCGCAAAGUGGAAGAGGAGAACCUGCAACUACGUCUGCGGCUCAGCCAGUCUCAGGGACAAGCUGGGGCUGUGGACGGGAGCGAUGGCAGCCAGCAAUGGGCAGCCUCCUUUGAUGAUGGGGACACCCCAGGGGAUGACAGGAGCAACCGCACGGGUUGCCCCAAGCAGCAGAUGGUGCAGAAGUGUGAGCUCCUGCACGUAGCGAUUGUGUGCGCUGGUCACAAUGCAAGCCGAGACGUGGUCACCCUGGUGAAAUCCAUCCUCUUCCACAGGAAGAACCCUCUCCAUUUCCACCUCAUCACGGACUCAGUGGCUCAGCAGAUCCUGCAGACUCUCUUCCAGUCCUGGAUGGUGCCCUCCAUCCACGUUAGCUUCUACAACGCAGACGAUUUGAAGGCAGAGGUGUCGUGGAUUCCCAACAAGCAUUACUCUGGGAUUUACGGGCUGAUGAAGCUGACGCUCACUAAGGCGCUGCCCUCCAACCUUUCCAAAGUCAUUGUCCUGGACACAGACAUCACCUUUGCCACUGACAUCGCUGAGCUGUGGGCCGUCUUCGGGAAGUUCUCCGACAAGCAGGUGAUUGGGCUGGUGGAGAACCAGAGUGACUGGUACCUGGGAAACCUCUGGAAGAACCACAAGCCAUGGCCAGCGCUGGGACGUGGCUUCAACACAGGGGUGAUCCUGCUGCUGCUGGAGCGCCUGCGCCGGAUUGGCUGGGAGCAGAUGUGGCGGCUGACAGCGGAGCGGGAGCUCAUGAGCAUGCUGUCCACCUCGCUGGCAGAUCAGGACAUCUUUAAUGCAGUGAUUAAGCAGAGCCCAGUGCUGGUGUACAAGCUCCCCUGCUUCUGGAACGUGCAGCUGUCCGACCAUACCCUCUCAGAGCAGUGUUACUCAGAGGUCUCUGAUCUUAAGGUGAUCCACUGGAACUCGCCCAAGAAGUUGCGGGUGAAAAACAAGCAUGUGGAGUUCUUCCGGAACCUCUACCUGACCUUCCUGGAGUACGAUGGGAACCUGCUGCGCAGGGAGCUCUUUGGUUGUGCCAGCCUGCCCAGCCCACCCAGAAACCAACUGCAGCAGGCCCUGGAGGAUCUCGAUGAGGAGGACCCCUGCUAUGAUUUCCGCCGGCAGCACCUUAUGCUGCACCGCAUCCACCUGUUCUUCCUGCAGUAUGAGGUCCUGGCCUCACCUGACCCUGCUGAUGUCACCCUGGUGGCCCAGCUCUCCAUGGACAGGUUACAGAUGCUGGAGGCAAUCUGCAAACACUGGGCAGGCCCUAUCAGCCUGGCGCUGUACAUGUCGGAUGCAGAGGCCCAGCAGUUCCUGCGCUAUGCCCAGGGCUCGGAGGUGUUGAGCAGCCGCAGGAACGUUGCCUACCACAUUGUGUACAAGGAGGGGCAGUUCUACCCUGUCAACCUGCUGCGCAACGUUGCAUUGACCAAUGCACAGACACCCUAUGUCUUCCUGACGGACAUAGACUUCCUGCCCAUGUAUGGUCUCUACGAUUACCUCAGGAACUCCAUCCGGCAGCUGGAGCUGCCCCAGCGGAAGGCAGCGCUCAUUGUGCCAGCAUUUGAGACUCUGCGCUACCGUCUUGCCUUCCCCAAGUCCAAAGCGGAGCUGCUCUCCAUGCUGGACAUGGGCUCCCUCUACACGUUCAGGUACCAUGUGUGGCCAAAGGGCCAUGCCCCAACUGACUAUGCCAAGUGGCGGACAGCUACGGUGCCGUACCGUGUGGAGUGGCAGCCGGACUUUGAGCCUUACGUUGUAGUGAGGCGUGACUGCCCCCAGUAUGACCAGAGAUUCGUAGGCUUUGGUUGGAACAAGGUGUCCCAUAUCAUGGAGCUUGAUGCCCAGGAGUACGAGCUGCUGGUCCUGCCCAAUGCCUUCAUGAUCCACAUGCCUCACGCCCCUAGCUUUGACAUCUCCAAGUUCCGCUUGAGCGCUGGCUACCGGGGCUGCUUGCAGACACUGCGGGAGGAGUUCCACCAGGACCUGUCGCGUAGGUAUGGCGCCGCCGCACUCAAAUACCUCACUGCCGAGAGGAGCCUGUGAUGCCGAGGGACAGCAUGGCGGUGGACUGGAGAGGGAAGGGGACAGACCCCUUCCUUCCUACAUGGCUCACUGCCUGAAAGGGAUCAAACCUGCAGCACAGUUUCCCCAUCACAGGAACAGUAGCUCCCACUAGGGAUGGAAAGAAUCAAGAGAAAGGGGCUCUUAGGAGCAGUUUAAGUGGCUGAGGGAGCAGAGCCUCAGGGCUGAGGGUUUCCUCACAGCAGCUGAAAGCCUCACCCAGAGACAGGACAACAUUGCUAAACUCCCCGCAAGGGGGCUACCUGGAGCCUAUUUCCCACUUCAAGGGCCAGGGUGGGAUUAGUCCCUAUCAUUCAGUUUCCAGAGCUUUGGCUAGUGUGAAUGACCCCAGUGAUGGGGCUCCCAUGCAGUCCCCUGGGGCACUUGCCAGAAAGCUUUACCUGAUGUUCUGCAAGAUGCUUCCUUGCUUGGUUUCAUCAGCUCCUCCCCUUUGCACCCUCUGGGCUUUGCCUCCUUCAGAGCCCUGCAGUUAUUGCUGUCAGGUGUAGCUUAGCCCUGCAAGACAGGCUGAACUUAAUUCUUAAUUUCUUCUGAUGAACCUCUUCUUCCCCUUCUCUCCCCCCCCCCCCCCCCCCCGUUGUGAUUACUUGUCUGACCUCCUUCCCUGUGCCCAGAUGGGACUGAAGCAUCCCCAAGGGGACAAUGGCCAGCAGAAUUGGUCUCUUAGGGCAUGCCUACACUGCUGUGAAACGCACAGCUGCAGCAGGUUGCAGGGCUAUAAAAUUGCAGUGUAGAUGUUGGGGCUGAGGCUCUGUGACCCUUCCUGCUUGUUUGCAGGUGGCUGUAUGUGCACAAGUGUGCCUAUCUUUUGCUGGCUGAGGGUCUGUACACAACAACACCUGCCAGCUAAGAUCCCUGCAUAGGCACUACCUCUGGCCAGCCUAUACCACUAACCUUCAUGGCCAUCUUCCCACAGAGGAGGGGAAGUCCUGUCCCUCUUCCCCACACUGUCUGGACGGGAUCUCAGGCUGCUGCUGCUUGGUGUCACAUCUCCGGAUUCUCCCGCAUGUGGCUAGUGAGGGUUGGUGCUGCAGGUCUGAGGCCCUGGUCAGCUGCUGGGGCUAACAGCAGGUUUGGUUCUGGUCUGUGCCUUCGAGCUGAGCCAGUAUUGGAUGUAUUGCCAAAUUGUGGUGCCUGUUGUAAGAAAACCAUCCAGUCCCUGCCACUCUGGGAGUAGAUAAAAUUGUCCCCUGGUAGCCACCACCUGCUCGGAGAAACCUCUCUGGGGGUCACUUCCAAGUCUCAGAAGGAAAGAGCCUGAAUCUCAGUAAUACUGACAUUGACAAUCAGGGACCCAGUUGACAUUGUAGCUGGGUGCCAUGGUCGGAGCCUGUGCUGGGAGCAGCUUCGGCCAGGUGCUUUUCCACAGUCGUCACACACUGGAGCACGGAGGCACAGUUGAUUUCCUCACUCUCUAUUUAAGUUAUUUAAGAUGAUUUCUCACAGGAUGUAAAUGAUUAGGAGGGCCUGGGGUUUUUAGCCUCUCUCUUACUUCAGAACCAUCAGCAAGGAUCUUCAGGCCCAUCGUUGCUCGACUCUGUUCUUCACUUACUGGCAUUAAUCUGAACCGCAAGAGCCGCUACUGUGCUGGGAACUCUUUGUAUGGAAAGGGCACAAAUGUCUCCGGUAACUUUUAAUUAAAGCUUUUUUUAAAAAUUUUUCAAAUC